AUGGCCUCUCAACAGCCAUCACGCGCUGCCUCUAUCGCUGAACGUAGAGCGUCGGUCCGCCAGAAUCGCCAGCGCCCCACCUCCGCUGCCAAUCCCUCACCAACGACAGAUACGGCCGCGUCGAAAUCGAAUGUGCACACGCGCAAAACCUCCACAACCACCGAGACUACGCGACGUGAGGCUUUGACUCGCGAAGUCCUCCUCAAGCGGACCACAAUCAGCCCAGUCAAGCAGCAGGAACGAAAUGCCAAUCUUCGCAAGAGUGUGGAGAGUGAAAGGCCGACGCCUGUUGCUCGAGAGAAGGCGGCAGUGAGGAGCAGAGGCAAUUCGGAAGCCGCAACAUCAUGGAGUCCUCACGCAAGCCUUCUUGCGCCUUCAACUGCGCCUUUGGCUUCUCGCAUGUCUGUGCCUCCAGUCGCUGCUCGAGCGCCUGCUUCACUUCAACCUGCUCAUUUGAGCACCCUUUCGCUGGAUGCGCAGGAAAAGGCCAUAGUUGAGGAUCUGUUAUUUGUGCUCAUGGGAUUUGAGGGACAGUACAUUCGAUAUGCGGAUGCCUACGACCCUCUCGACGAAAAGAGCCAGCUGGCUGGGCCACAGUUCGUGAUACAGCCGGGUCUGGAUCCCAGUCUGCGAGAUUUGGCGCAUAGUAUGUUGAAGACCGCAACCCAUUUCUGUGCAGUAGAGGCCUUUGUGGAAGUUCAAAGUCGGGAGGAAAUGGGAGCCGUCAAUCACGCUUUGUGCGCUGCCAUGAGGAAGUUGUUGAAGGACUACAUGAUCCUGAUCGCCCAGCUCGAACAUCAGAUGCUCACAAAUGAAGACUUUACUCUUCAUCAAGUCAGCCUGCAUAUCAAACCGACUGCGCAUAUGAUGUUGCAGCUGUAUAGCGUAGCCCACGAGGUGCUCAAGGAGAACAGCAUGCUGGAUAACGAGGAUGAACUGGAUCAGUCAGACGAUUUUGAGAACAUCUUGGAGUCUUUGCGAGAAGGAAAGGAUGCUGCAAUGCCUGGGAAGAAAGUUUGCAAAGGUGGUGGAGUGCUCAGACUGCUCACGAAACGACUUGCGGCCAUGGCAGGAGACCCGGCUGCAAGGCAACUUCUGACGUUGCUGCUUCGAGAAGCAAGUCGGCCGUACAUGACCAUGUUGAACGAGUGGCUGCAUCAUGGAAACGUCCGGGAUCCUCACCAAGAGUUUCUGAUCAAGGAGCAAAAGUCCAUUCGCAGGGAAGGCCUCGAACAGGAUUACACUGAUGAGUACUGGGAGAAACGCUACACUCUCCGGCAAGAUCUGGUCCCCCCACAACUGGAUGGUGUCAAGGACAAGGUUCUGCUUGCUGGCAAGUACCUCAAUGUGGUGCGGGAAUGUGGUGGCAUCAAGAAUGUCUCACAAGUUCUCGAUGCGAGCACUGAUGUUCCGCACACCUUUGACGACCCUCGCUUUCUGGAAAAUGUAAGCAGAGCCUACGCCUUUGCCAAUCGAAGCCUCAUGUCCUUGCUCCUCACAACGCAUGCAUUACCAGCAAGACUACGCAGUCUGAAGCACUACUUCUUCCUGGACAGAAGUGACUUCUUUUCAUACUUUCUUGAGCUCGCGCACUCGGAACUGCGGAAACCAGCCAACAAUGUCAAUACUGGCAAGCUACAAAGUCUACUGGACAUUGUGAUCCGUCAACCAGGAUCUGUGGCUGCCGAGGAUACCUUCAAGGAAGACGUCAAAGUGGUCAUGAAUGAUGUCGGACUUACAGGAUGGCUCAUGCGUGUGGUUAAUGUCCAGGGUAUGGACGCCGAUGCCACUUCUCUAUCUACAUAUACACCUCACCCAGCGGCCAGCACAACCAGCGACAGCAAGGACGAGAAGAUUCUCGGAUAUGAAGCGCUCACUUUGGACUAUGCCGUCCCUUUUCCUCUAUCACUGGUCGUCAGUCGAGUCACGCUGACGAGAUACCAAUUGCUGUUUCGAUAUCUACUGAGUCUGCGACAUCUGGAAACACUAUUGACCAAUUCCUGGACAGAGCAUACAAAAGUCAAAGCUUGGAAUUACAAGCCCGCGAAGAAGACGGCUGUAACAAGAAAGAUUGAGAACUGGAAGCGCAGAGCAUGGUGUUUGAGAAGUCGAAUGUUAUGUUUCGUGCAGCAACUGAUAUACUUUUGCACCAGCGAAGUCAUAGAGCCCAACUGGCUGGCAUUCAUGGCCCGCUUAGCUCAAGCGGAAGGCACAGAUGAGCCGGUCAAGGGAGGCGAUGGAGUUGUAUCCGUCAAGCGAACUGUGGACGAGUUGAUGCAGGAUCAUGUCGAUUUUUUGGCAACAUGCCUGAAAGAGUGCAUGCUGACCAACUCUAAAUUACUGCGGAUCAACUCCAAAGUCAUGAAGACUUGCACGCUCUUCGCCGGUUACACUGCUUCUCUCUCGCGCAAUCUGGCGUCUGCAGAUCCGGAUCUGGCAUCUCAGAAUCCCGGCGCCAAUAAGGCUGCAUACGAUCCGGAGAAGCUGGAUCAGUUGUUCUCGAUUCUGCAAAAGUAUGAAGACCAUUUCAGUCUGCACUUGAAGAUCCUAUUGGAUGCCCUCAACUAUCUUGCCGCGACGGAAACAGUGGUAUUCCUGGGGCUUUGUGCAAGAUUAAGUAUGGCGAAUGAGGGCGGUCCUGGUGGUGGACCGGGGCCUGGCGCUUACGGCUAA